AUGGAAGGACCGCCAACGGACGAACUGGGAGCCUCGCCUCUGCCGAGGGACCUGCUUCUCGAGCGGCUGCGCGAGAAACAUGCGAGGCUGCGCCAGCACCACCUGGAUGAGGUCCAGAAAUCCCAGGAGUUGGAGAACUUGUUUACCUCUAAGAAGAUGCACGAUCUGCCGCCGUCGCUGGAUUUGAUCUCCGAUGAAAUUACCCUCGCGCUGAGCGAAAUUGGCAGACGCUGCGAGGAGCACGCGGUGCCGCAAGUAGGGCAACUCCUUAAGGACGUUCGCGCGAUGAUGAAUCGGCAGCUUCGGGAGGCGUACGCCUCACUGGAGGCGGGCUACAAGUCCGCCUUUCACAAACUAGAGGAGAAGGCGGCGGGGCCACGCCGGCCGCAGGAGACUGCCAACGCGGCGCGAAAGUCGGGGACCGCGGCGCUGCAGCGCUCGCAGUCGGAAUCAGCCCCUUCGAACGAGGAGCGAAGCCAAAAUGCCUCUUCCGACAAGGACCAGUCGAAAAUGCGGGUCACUGCCGCAAAGUCGUUCUCGGUGAGAGAGUUUUUUUCGUCACUGUUGAGUGUCUUUGCGGAGAUAACGGCUGUUCUGCUUCGCUGCGAGGUCGUCCGAAUCUUUAUUUGCGAUGAGUAUGAUAACUUGCGCUGCGGCGCCCGAUUUCCCUUCGACAGCACCGUGGGCGAUCCCCUGGCGGGGAGUGACAUGGAGUUGAUGCUGGCGAAGGAGAUUCACACCACCGUCUGUCGCAAGUUCAUUGCGGUUAACGGGCGGGAGCCGCAGCGGUUUGCGGUGAGCGAGCGCGACCGCGGGGCGAUGGAGGAGGAGCUGCGGCAGCUGGGGUGGAACUCCAUGACAAGCUGCCUUAUUUUUCCCAUCUUUUCAAGCGAAGGCUGUGGUCGGUCCUAUGGAAUGAUUCACGCGGUGAACAAGCAAGGCGUCGCCGCCGGCCGACCGGGGCUAUUCGACGAAAACGACGAGGUCCUUGUCUCGAUGACGGCGCGAUUGUUGGGUUGCCUCAUGACCCGUUACCCCACGAAGUAUUUUCAGCUCCCCGUGGGGAAAAAACUGCGAAAAAGUCCCAUUUCCUCAUUGACGAGGAAUGAUGAGCCGCAUUUGCCACCGCUGCUGGAGGAUGAGGUGGAAGGGGCGGCGAAAGUAGGGAAUAAGGCAAACCAGAUGUUUACGCGAGUGCUAUUUUUUCGUGCACCCAUCAACGCCAUAUAUCAACCACGUUCCCUGCGCAAGAAGGUCCGUAAGCUUGAGUCACUGCACAUUAUUGACAAAACGCUUUCCACGGUAGAGUUUGACAUUGCCGCGUUGGAGGAGCUCUGGCGGGUCGGUCAUGAAGAGAAUACUAUCAUGCAUCGGCAGUGCCAGGAGCUUAAUGAGCAGUUAAACACGCUUCAAAUUCUACUGAGAACUGUUUUGGACGCCAUUGGCGCCUCACGGACAUUAGGCAGCAUGGGAGAGUUGGCAAGUUACCUGCAGAUGCUGGAGCUGUACGCCCGCCAGGAGAAUAUCCCCAUGCUCGCUGAAUUAAUCUCUCAGGUUCUGCUGAACGCCCGCCUGGAAAUUUCUCUGCCACCGGAACUGAAGGGACUUCCCCCGGGGCGUCUGUCGCCGAAUGAGAUGAUUCGCAUCGAACGCCGCAUCGCGGAAAUCCCUUCCAAGCUGAAGUUUGGCGCCGCGGCACCGUCUGGGGUUCGUACUUACUCCUGUGAUCCGCAGCGAAGGCGAGAGCAGGUGCGAUUUUUUAACCAGCUUGCUGAAAAGCGUGCAUUGGAUGCCGCGGCCAAGGGUGCGCCAAAGCCAAUCAGGGGAUACAAGCGUGAAACAGAGGCGGCGCGGGCAAAGAAGGUAAAUCAGCCAGCCUCCUCGUUGCUGCUGUUUGGGCCGACCGACUACGCAUCCAAGCGGCCAUUUCAACUUGGGAAGCACGAAGGAGGCGAGCCUCCAUUACUAUGA